ACUGAGAGGCGGCGCUUUCCGGUGGCGCAAUAGGGCGGGCAGAGAAGUUUUGAAAUAGCAAUUACGCGGGAAGGAACCGGGUUGCCAAUAGCCAGAAGAACGGCUAAACAUCUUACAAUGUCCAAGCGUGAGGCAUUCUUGCAAGCCACUGCCAAGGAUUCUGUAGAAGAUUUCCUGAACUUCAUACAGCUUCAUAAAGACGUGUCUGAUCCUUUUGAUCUAAAUGAAUUACUGCAAGAGUUGCCAAGGAAACAGAAGGAGGAAUUAUGGGAGAAACUAAAGACUCUUUUAACUGAUACUUUGGUGGCAAACCCUGUGGAAGGGUGGCAAAAUAUUGAUGAUGACAGUGAUGAUGACAUGGAAGUAGAGAGUUCCUCAGAUGUGAAACAAACAAUGUCUAUAAUCCACGGGCUAACAAUAGCUGCUGCAGCUUCUGUGUGUGUCAUAGAUGAAGAUGUGUGCUAUGAAGCUCUCUUAGAAUGUGCAGCAAUCCUCAGUGGUAUUGUUCAUGCUUUGCCUAAAUCCGAAUCCCACAUUAUCCUUGCUAUCAGACAUCUAUGUGAAGCCUGGUGGGAAAAAGGGCUCCAAGGAAAAGAAGAAUUUGGGAAAACCGCCUUUCUUUUGCUUUUGGCAAAAUCUCUUGAAGUAAAGUGUGUGGUUGCUGAUAUUGGGCGCUUGUGGCAUCUGCAUCCAGCUCUGCUCAGUUUUGAUUUCAACUCUGAAGAGAGUCACAACGUGAAGGAUCUGCUGCUCCAGUGCUUCCUGAGCAUUAACCAUAUUAAGAGAGAGGAGGGCAGAAGAUUUCUUAGCUUUCUUUUCAGCUGGGAUGCCAGCUUCAUUAAAAUGAUCCAUGGGACUAUCAAAAAUCAGCUUCAGUGCUUACCAAAAUCGUUGAUGACCCACAUCGCAGACAUUUACUUUAGGGCCUGGAAGAAAGCCUCGGGGGAUGUUUUACAGAUGAUUGAGAACAGCUGUAUUCAAGAUUUUAUGCAUCAUGGAGUCCAUCUACCAAGGAAUUCUCCACUUCACCCCAAAGUGCGAGAGGUGCUAAGUUACUUUCACCAACAGAAGCUACGUCAGGGUGUGGAAGAAAUGCUUUGUAGACUGUAUCAGCCCAUUAUUUGGCGAGGCCUAAAGGCAAGGAAUUCUGAAGUUCGGUCAAAUGCUGCCCUGUUAUUUGUCGAAGCAUUUCCUAUAAGGGACCCCAAUCUUAACCAUGAGGAUAUGGACAAUGAAAUCCAGAAACAGUUUGAAGAACUUUUUAAUCUUUUGGAGGAUCCCCAGCCUCUUGUCCGUUCUACAGGGGUUUUAGGUGUCUGUAAGAUAACUGCUAAGUACUGGGAAAUGAUUCCUCCAGCCAUUCUGACUGAUCUUCUGCGGAAAAUACUUGGCGAUCUAGCUGCGGAUGUAAGCUCGGCCGAUGUUCGUUGUUCUGUAUUUAAGUGUUUACCGAUUCUGUUGGACAACAAGUUAAGUCAUCCGCUGCUGGAGAAGAUGCUGCCGGCACUGAAAUUCUGUCUCCAUGACAAUUCUGAGAAAGUUCGAGUGGCUUUUGUUGAUAUGCUGCUGAAGAUCAAAGCUGUCAAAGCGGCCAAGUUCUGGAAGAUCUGCCCUAUGGAACAGAUUUUGGCACGCCUUGAAGUGGAUUCCCGCCCUGUUUCUCGACGAAUUGUUAACCUUCUGUUUAACUCUUUCUUUCCUGUCAAUCAACAAGAGGAGGUUUGGUGCGAGCGCUGUGUUGCUCUCAUCCAAAUGAACCCAGCCGCAGCACGAAAGUUUUAUCAAUACGCAUACGAGCAUACUGCCCCCACCAAUAUAGCUAAAUUGAUGCUGACUAUACGCCGUUGUUUAAAUGCCUGCAUUCAGCGGACUGUUCGAAACGAAGAUAGUGAGGAUGAGGAGGAUGACGAGGAAAUUGUCAGAGGCGAUAAUGAAAAGGAAAAUAAAAGUGUUUUGGAGAAUGUGUUAUCCACGGAUGAUUCUUCCUCUAUGGCGAGUUUGCUGGAGAUUGUUGUUGUUCUCUGGCGCAGUAUCAGAAAAGCCCUUGAACAGAAUGAAGAAGCCAAAACCUACACCAUCAGCAAAUUUGCUACAGUGCUUCCAGAAUAUUUCAAAGUAUUUAGGGAUGAUCGCUGUACUGUUCCGUUAAUUAUUCUGGCUUCCUUCAUGCCUCCAUCUGCUGUCCCAACUUUCAGCUGCUCUGUCUUAUCUAAGCUGAGACACUUGGACGAUGGCGCAGAUGAGCACAAAUAUUCCACUCUUAUUGACUGUCUAUGCCGCUGGGGGCAAGUGGGGCAUGUAUUGGAGCUGGCAACCGAAUGGCUCUCAGAGUCAUACCCAGAGAAAAGGGGGAGAAAAGAUUCCAAUCGGCAAGUGCGUAUCCAGGACACAGUGGAAUCAAAGCCUUCGCUGGCCCUUGAUUAUAUAGAAUAUAUAGUUACCCACACCAUGAAUCGAGAUUGCCUUUUGUCCCUUCAAACAAAGAAACUGAACCAACUCCUGAAAGUGCUUGGUUUAGUAAAGGAGGUGCUGUUCUGCUACAUGAAGCCAUCCGAAGCAGUGACACAUAAUAUCAACCAAGAUACAGCAUUAAGAGCCUUCAGCCUGUACUGCAGACUCAGCAUCCACCUGCAACAUAAGUUUAGCUCUGAAGGAAGAACAUAUUUGUCUUUGCUGGAAGACACAGGAGGGUGGAUCGAGAGCCAAGUCCUUCCAACUCUAGAAAGUAAUGGAGACCUCUCCGAGGAGUCAUGUAAUAUGUGCCAUCAGAUCCUCAAGGCCUAUCUGACUGUUUGUAAAGACGUAUUGAUGGUUGGCCUCGCUGACUCGGAAUUUCAAGCCCAGCUUCUUCAGAUUACUCUUUCAGUGAUACAGACUGAGAAGUGCCAUGAUUGUUUGCCAAUGCUGUUCUCUGUGCUGAAGGAAAUCACAGAACUGUGUUUGGCUCACAAGAUGAGCGACGCCAGCGUGGAAUGCGACGAGAUGCUCGAUGCCAUCCAGAGAGUAUUCCAUAAGUCUUUGGAGACUGUCGCACGCGGGCUUAGAAAACAGAGGGAAGAGGCACUACCGCUUCUGCAAGCUAUUCAGCCUUCUCUAGGAGAGUUUGUUCACACAGUUCAGUGCUGGCACACCGCUUCCAAGGUGGUACAUCGAGGGAUGCUUUCCACGCUGUUGGCUGCAGUGGUUGUUGAAAUAAGCCACUCACUGCGCAAAAUUACAGAUUUAAGUGAACUAACGCCACCCACAUCUAUUUCUGAUCUGCCUCCGCUUUCAAAAUGUAUAAUGACAAUUAUCGUUAAAUCUCCAAGUGCUGUAAGUUCAUUCUUGGAUGAAUUGACAGAAUGCAUCACAUUAGAAGAAGUAGAAGGAAUACUGAGCUUGUCCGCAUCUUUGUAUGUUGCUGUUGUCUGCAAUAAAAGGAAACAAAUACCCCCUGCAGUUAAGAAUACUGCAUCAGCAAUUUAUAGGAAACUGAAGAAUUUCAGUGAGGUAACCAUGGACGAUGCCGGAAGCAUUGAAAGGGCUAUAUAUGAAUCAUCCAUGAGGAUAUUAGAUGAAAUGCUGCAUCCAUCAUAAUGACAAAGCAAACAACUCCUACCUGUGAAACGUUGGCGAGCGAGAAAAAUGUACAGAUUCUUUUUAUGAAGAUUUUUUAAAUAUUUCUUAAACCUAAUUAUCGCUUAUCUGACCUAUGAACUUUUAUCAUGGCCCAUUAUCGAUUUGCUUGUUUCACUAUACUGUGUGUAUAAAGACUUUUGGCUGCCUUCUGUA